AUGUCCGGCACCAAACUGGAGGACUCCCCCCCUUGUCGCAACUGGUCAUCUGCUCCGGAGCUGAAUGCAACUCAAGAGCCCUUUUUAAACCCCACCGACUAUGACGACGAGGAAUUCCUGCGGUACCUGUGGAGGGAAUACCUCCACCCCAAAGAAUACGAGUGGGUCCUGAUCGCCGGCUACAUCAUCGUGUUCGUGGUGGCUCUCAUUGGGAACGUCCUGGUUUGUGUGGCCGUGUGGAAGAACCACCACAUGAGGACGGUGACCAAUUACUUCAUCGUCAACCUUUCUCUGGCUGACGUGCUCGUGACCAUCACCUGCCUUCCAGCCACUUUAGUAGUGGACAUCACUGAGACCUGGUUCUUUGGACAAUCCCUCUGUAAAGUGAUUCCUUAUUUACAGACCGUGUCAGUGUCUGUGUCUGUCCUCACACUGAGCUGCAUUGCCUUGGAUCGGUGGUAUGCGAUCUGUCACCCUUUGAUGUUUAAGAGCACAGCCAAGCGGGCCCGGAACAGCAUCGUCAUCAUCUGGAUCGUGUCCUGCAUCAUAAUGAUCCCUCAGGCCAUCGUCAUGGAGUGCAGCACCAUGCUCCCUGGCUUAGCCAAUAAAACCACUCUCUUUACAGUCUGUGAUGAGCACUGGGGCGGUGAAAUUUACCCCAAGAUGUAUCACAUCUGUUUCUUUCUGGUGACCUACAUGGCACCACUGUGUCUUAUGGUGUUGGCCUAUCUGCAAAUAUUUCGUAAACUCUGGUGCCGACAGAUUCCUGGAACAUCAUCUGUAGUUCAGAGAAAAUGGAAGGUCCUGCAGCCUCUUUCACAGCCUCGGGGGCCAGGACAGCAGACCAAAUCCAGGAUUAGCGCUGUGGCCGCUGAAAUAAAGCAGAUCCGAGCCAGACGGAAAACAGCCCGGAUGCUGAUGGUUGUGCUUUUGGUGUUUGCAAUUUGCUAUCUACCAAUUAGCAUCCUCAAUGUGCUAAAGAGAGUAUUUGGGAUGUUUACCCACACGGAAGACAGAGAGACUGUAUAUGCCUGGUUUACCUUUUCACACUGGCUUGUAUAUGCCAAUAGUGCUGCGAACCCAAUUAUUUAUAAUUUUCUCAGUGGAAAAUUUCGAGAGGAAUUUAAAGCUGCAUUUUCUUGCUGUUGCCUUGGAGUUCAUCACCGCCAGGAGGAUCCGCUGGCCCGGGGACGGACGAGCACUGAGAGCCGAAAGUCCCUGACCACCCAGAUCAGCAACAUUGAUAACAUAUCAAAACUGUCCGAGCAGGUCGUGCUCACGAGCGUUAGCACACUCCCAGCGGCCAACGGUGCGGGGCCACUCCAAAACUGGUAUCUACAACAGGGACCACCGUCAUCAUUACUGUCAACCUGAUUGGAGGUCAGAAAGAAGAGGCUAAGUACCAAUGUUGAAAGUCACUCAGCAUUAUCUCACUCAAAGAGGUAAUGCUUUAUGAAAUAGUGCCCCUGUGUUACAAGUGCAGUUUGGAAGAAGACAGGUUUUAAA